GAUAAGAAGGGAGAAUCGUGAUGAAGAAACAUAACACUUCCCUGAGUUCUUUUUAAUUUGGCCUUUUUUUGCGACACUGCGGUCAUCUCGCCUUGUGGUCGGAAGAGGACUUUGCCAAGGCUGGACACAUAACUACGAAGAUCAAGAGGUAUGGCUACCAUUAUCUGUAGCGAUCAACAUGUUGCUAUUACAAGUGGUUCUAAAGUAAAGGUGAUCUCAUACAGUGAUCCAAGCGAGGAGGUUGUGUUUGAUUUGAAGGCAGAGGCCAAGGAGUCAGAGGAGAAAGGAAAUGAAAAGCAGAAAGAACAGAAGAAAUCCGAGGUCAAAACAGUUGGAGGAGUGAUAGACCCCCAUAUUCCGACUGGGCGUGUUCUGACUGCAGCCUUCUCUGGGAGCGGGAUGUACUUUGCUGCAUGCACAGACGAGAAGGAAUUGACGCUAUGGACCACAACUCCUGGCUGGAAUAGAGUUUGGACAAGGAUGGUGGUAAAACGUUGCAUGGCAGUUACAUUUGAUAAUAGUGAGACCGCCCUCUAUGUUGCAGACAAGGCAGGCGAUGUGUAUCGAUUUGAGAUCGGUGAUGAGAACAAGGAGUCGGUCUUGAUCCUUGGACAUGUUUCUAUGCUGUUGGAUGUGGUCAUCUCCCAUGAUGAUAAGUACAUCCUGACGGCUGAGAGAGAUGAGAAGAUAAGAGUUAGUCAUCUUCCCAAUGCGUACAACAUACACACUUUUUGUUUAGGACACACAGAAUUCCUCAGCAGGCUAUAUAUUCUGUCAUCAGACCAACUCAUUUCCUGUGCAGGGGACUCAACUAUGAUGCUGUGGGACUACAAGAACGGAAAAGAAUUAUGUAGGACUUCUUUUGAUUGGGCCAAACCUUCAUCAGAAGAUCAUGGAGCUAAAAACAAGGUUACCGUGACGUGCAUAUCUUGCUUCAAAAAGCACAAUCUUGUUGCGGUGACAUUAUUAGAUCAUUCCACUGUUCCGGUUUACCAUGUCACAGCAGAGAAAGAUGGGCAUUGGACCUUCCAAGAAGUCACAAGGCUCCAAUGCAAGCAUCCUCCAUGGUCAUUAGCCUUUGACCCAAAUGGAAGACUACUGGUCCUAGUACCUAACCCUGAGGAACCCCUCCUUGUCUGUGUGAUAGAACCAAAUAAUGAUGGUGUCCUACAGGUUUCAGAAAACGUUUCAAAAGAGGACAGUGCAGCACUUCUUGCUCAAAAGGCGAAGAACGACUGGGAAUUCUUAAAAUGUUCUUGCAACGUUCAGAGCGUCUUACGAGGUCUUCACAAGGUUCCCUAUGACAACAUGCCAGACUACCGCCAGAGGAAACAGCAGCGGAUAGAGUAUAACCAGUCAAAGAAGGGCAACAGGAGGAGAGCCAGGAAACUCAACAAGAAACGUCCUAUAGAGGGCGCUGCAGACAAUGGGGAUGCCCCUAAAAGGACUAUGCUUGAUGAAGGUGGUGAUGGUGAUCAGGGGGAGGACGAGAAUGGUGAUGAGGGAAAUACCAAUUCAGUUGAAAUGGAGGCAGUGGAAUCAACUUCAUAGCAAGAGCAAAAUGGACUAUUUAGGAUCAUUCCUUGCAAUUGAUGAAGGUGGUGAUGAUGAUGAUGAUGAU